AGCUUUACCGCGUAGUAUUCGGGAGCCGAUGUUUCCCGCGUUGGACAACAUGACCCCGGCUCCUCUGACGCAGAACUGCUCCAACUGCAGCCAGCCUUUAGUCGCGGAGCUCAACGUGGUCAAAGCCGUGGUUCUCGGCCUCGUUCUGGGCGGCAUCAUUCUGUUUGGAAUCGUGGGAAACAUCCUGGUAAUCCUCUCCGUGGUUUGCCAUCGCCACCUGCGGACAGUCACGCACUAUUUCAUCGUGAACCUAGCCGUGGCGGACCUGCUUCUGAGCUCCACAGUCCUGCCGUUCUCCGCCAUUUUGGAGAUCGUGGACCGAUGGGUGUUCGGACGGGUUUUUUGCAACGUUUGGGCGGCCGUGGACGUUCUGUGCUGCACCGCCUCCAUCAUGAGCCUGUGCGUUAUCUCGGUUGACCGCUACAUCGGCGUCAGCUACCCGCUGCGCUACCCGACCAUCGUGACGAAGCGCAGGGCUCUGCUGGCCGUGCUGCUGCUCUGGGCGCUGUCCGUGGUCAUCUCUAUCGGACCUCUGUUCGGCUGGAAAGAGCCGGCGCCGGAGGACGACUCCAUCUGCAAGAUAACGGAGGAGCCGGGCUACGCCAUCUUCUCCGCGGUGGGAUCUUUCUACCUCCCGCUGGCGGUCAUCCUGGCGAUGUACUGCCGCGUUUACGUGGUCGCCCACAGGGAGAGCCGAGACCUGAGGGAGGGCCACAAGACGGAGAAGUCGGAUUCGGAGGGAGUCACGCUCAGGAUGCACCGAGGCAACGCCACGGCGUCCGAAGACGAGUCGCUCCGCAGCCGCACGCACUUCGCCCUGCGGCUGCUCAAGUUCUCGCGUGAGAAGAAGGCCGCCAAGACGUUGGGCAUCGUGGUCGGCUGCUUCGUGUUGUGCUGGUUGCCCUUCUUCCUGGCGCUUCCCAUCGGCUCCAUCUUUCCCGCGUACCGACCUUCAGACACCGUCUUCAAGAUCACCUUCUGGCUCGGCUACUUCAACAGCUGCAUCAACCCCAUCAUCUACCCCUGCUCCAACCAGGAGUUCAACAAGGCUUUCCAGAGCUUACUGGCAGUGUGCUGCCUGAGAAACACCCCCAGAUCGCAGCAUCGCCAGCUGAGUGCCGGCCAGAGCCUCGCGCCGAGCCACGGCCAGAACCUGACCCUGGGAUUGGACGGCAGGGCGGCUCCGAGUCGGCUCAGCCCGUCUUCUUCUACGGCGCUGUCCCGGACGCCGUCGUCCAGGGAUAGCCGGGAGUGGAGAGGCUCCAUCUCGGGCGAGACGAGCCGAGAUAAAGUGGCCAAACUCUGCAGUAAAAGCUUCCACCGAAGCUGCUGCUGCUUCCCUAACUGCUCCGCACCCCCUGCCGCCAGAAACCUUCCCACCAUCAAAAUCCACCAGCUGUCGCUGUCGGACAGAGGAGAGCCCGUAUAG